AUGGAUUCCAUCAAACUACUCUUCCUCUCUCCGGAGGUCAACCCAAGUAACCGAAAGGCCAGGUCGAUCCCGAUACUCAACCCAUUCGACAAAUAUGGACGUGUCUACUUCUUCUCAUGGCUUGGUUUUAUGGUGGCAUUCCUAUCGUGGUAUGCGUUUCCGCCUCUGUUGACUGUCACGAUCCGACAAGACUUGAAGAUGACGCAGACCGAAGUUGCCAACUCGAACAUUGUUGCCCUUUUAGCGACGUUACUCGUUCGAUUCGUCGCAGGGCCGCUCUGCGACCGGUUUGGUCCUCGUCUAGUAUUCAUUGGCCUCCUGCUGUGCGGGUCCAUUCCAACUGUGAUGGCUGGGCUUGUCACCAAUGCUCAGGGACUGAUCGCCUUACGCUUCUUUGUCGGCAUCCUGGGAGGCACAUUCGUCCCUUGCCAGGUCUGGUGUACUGGGUUCUUUGACAAGAAGAUCGUCGGAACCGCCAACUCCCUGGCUGCAGGAUGGGGAAAUGCCGGCGGCGGCAUCACAUACUUCAUCAUGCCCGCCGUCUUCGACUCACUCAUCCACAACCAAGGCCUCCCAGCUCACAAAGCCUGGCGAGUAGCUUACAUUGUGCCUUUCAUUAUCAUUGUCGUCAUAGCCGUCGCAAUGCUCUUCACCUGCGAAGACACCCCAACAGGGAAAUGGUCCGAACGCCACCUCUGGGCCGAAGAAACCAGCAGAUUCGACGGCAACACCGUCAACAUCGACUCUGGCAUCUCAUCCAGCCAGCCAUCCAGCCCACCCUCCAUUACCAACAUCGUCGCCGACAUCGAAAAGAAAGGCAACCCCUCCCCACCCGAGUCCAUAGCUCCCAUGCCGGGCCAACUCGAAUCCCUCCGCACCGACACCGUCGUAGCCCCAACCUUCAAAGAAGCCAUGAACGUCCUCCUCAGCCUCUCCACCCUCGCCGUCGCAAUCCCCUACGCCUGCUCCUUCGGCGCAGAGCUCGCCAUCAACUCCAUCCUCGGUGACUUCUACGCCGAAAACUUCCCCUACAUGGGCCAAACCCAGACAGGCCAGUGGGCCGCCAUGUUCGGCCUUCUCAACGUGGUCUGCCGCCCCGCCGGCGGCUUCAUCGCAGAUCUCCUCUACCAGCACACGCAGUCCGUCUGGUCCAAGAAGAUCCUCCUCUCCUUCCUCGGCGUCGCAAUGGGCGCCUUCCAGCUCGCGCUCGGAUUAUCCGAUCCAAAAAGCGAAGCUACCAUGUUCGGACUCACAGCUGGUCUCGCUUUCUUCCUAGAGGCGUGUAACGGUGCCAACUUCGCCGUUGUACCGCACGUUCAUCCCUUCGCUAACGGCAUCGUCUCUGGCGCUGUAGGUGGAAUGGGCAACCUCGGAGGGAUCAUUUUCGCUAUCAUAUUCCGGUACAAUGGCGCGCACUACGCGCGCUCGCUUUGGAUAAUCGGGAUCAUUGCCAUCGCGGCCAACCUGGCUGUUGCUUGGAUUCGACCGGUACCAAGACGUCAGAUGGUAUGA